AUGCUCGCUUCGACUUCGAAAAAUGCUGCCCGUGUAGUACGCCGGAGUGUGCCCGGAGUGGCACAUAGAGCAUAUGCCGUCGAAGCAACUUCAUCGCCUCGAGCGCCGGCGUCCAAUCGGCCUCAUACCAUAUACUCUUCCAAUGAGCUGCUCGAGCGUCAUGCGGCGACCGGGAGACCUCUCGGCUCUCUCAUGACCGCUCUCAGCAUGAAGAACUCGAACAUGACGCCGGAUAUUCAUUCCUACUAUUAUUUGAUAGAGGCUUUGACCAAAGCGGGAGAGUGGCGAGAGGCUUGGGCGCUUUUGGACGACGCGAAGUUAUCCGGUCAUGUACCGGAUGCAUCAAUGUAUAAUCGACUACUGUAUGGUGUCUCGCGCGAAAGCCCAGAUGUCUCGUGGAAGGUUUUCGACAGCAUGAAGAAGGACGGCGUUGCGCCGAACGAGGAGACGUACAGACUCUUGCUCUCACGAAGUCUCGCCGCUGGAAAUUUCGAGAUGUCCAUGAAGAUACUAUUCGACAUGGAAAAGAAUGACUUCCAACCCUCCCUGGAUGGCACGCAAGCUCUCUUGAACCUCGCUCUGGACCGUGGUCUUGUCCGUGUAGCGCAUGAGAUUGCGCAAAACUAUGAGGACGGCGGAGUUCGCACGCUACAACCUGAGCUCUGGGUCAAGAUGCUCACGGUCGCGACGGACUUGUACUAUGCCGAUGGUCUUCCUGCACUAUGGAAGAAAGUCAUCAACGACCUCAACCUGACGCCGGACGAAGGCACCUGUGUCGAAGCGCUCCGGGUCGCAGGCCGGUUCGGUCUGGCCGACCUCGCCGUUGAAGCUCUCCGCAUCCUCCGCGCACAGAAGGUCGCGUUACAGGAGUACCAUUUCGCACCCAUGGUCCAAGCCUUUGUCCGUGCCAACCGUCUCAAGGACGCCUUCGCUGUCCUCUGUCUACUCAAGGCACAGAACUUGCCGGUCACGCUCGCGGCCGCGCAGCCCAUCUUCCAGGCUAUCCAUGCGGACCCGGCGCUUCUGGAGCCAGCGUGGGCCGCGGUGGAGGAAUUGCAUACGGAGGGCACAGCACUAGAUGCUUCGUGCGUGAACGUGCUCAUCCAGGUCUCCGUCGCACAGGGAGAUCUUCAACGUGCGCUCGGCGCUCAUAGCAUCCUCGCCGAACUUGGUCUCUCCGCUACACCCGAGACGUUCGACAUCCUGAUGUCCGGCGCAUCUGCUGCGAAGAAUCGCGCUUUAGGCGAGACACUCCUUGCUGAUAUGAAAGCUGCCAACUUGGUACCUACGGCGGAGACGUACGAACGCGUCAUUGGGCUCGCGCUCAUCGGAGACGAUUAUGAGAACGCGUUCCAGUACCUCGAGGACAUGAAGGCUGCUGGAUAUACACCGAGCGGCCAGGCGUACGAAAAUAUCAUUCGCAGGUGUAUUGCGGGCCAGGACGAGCGAUACUUCAUGGCAGUCGAGGAGAUGCAAUCGCAUGGCCACAAGAAGUCGAGGCAAUUGGACGAAUGGAUGUUCAGGCAGCGUGAGGCUAGGAGAAACAGGCAGGCGGCAGCGUCAGGGCCGGAGAUCGAAUAUCUCUAA